AUGAUUCACUCUCAACAAUCGUAUGAUAAAUCUGACUGCAGCUCAGAAUCACAAGUUUCUGGGUCCAAUUACCUUUGUAGCUCCAAAUCACCUUGUCAUACUUAUAUAGUGUACAGAGCCCAAAAGAAUUUCCAGUCACUGUCUUCCAUGUCAUCUCUCUUUCAACUGAGCCUUGACAAACUCCUUGACAUCAACAAAAUGACUGAAGCUGAUUCCAACAACAUAACGCUCGGUCGAGAGAUCAUCAUUCCCAUCAAAUGCUAUUGCGCCGGCCGGUUCUCUCAAGCCAUUGUCAAUUACAACAUUUCUACCUCUGAUUCAUUUGCUUCAGUUGCCUGUGGAGUUUUUGAAGGGCUGGUGAAAGCACAAAGUCUUGCCGACGAGAACCCAAGAGGUCCUCAUCAAUCUACCGUCAAGGUGCCUGUCCGAUGUGCUUGUCCUACUGAAAAUGAUGGAAGAAAAGGUGUAGAAUACCUAGUCACAUAUCCUGUUAUAGAGGAUGAUGGCACGGGUUUAAUAGCCACUAAAUUUGGAGUGCCUGAAACAAUGAUAUGGGAGGCUAAUAAAUUAGGAUCAUUUGAUACCAUUUAUCCUGGAUCAACAUUACUCAUUCCGACAAAGGAUAUUCCCUUUGUGAACCUGGAUAUCCAGCCCCAUAAUGAUGAUCCAGCUCCCAGUCCUAGAGAAGUAAUUCCGCUAAGGAAAGUUACACCCAGUGCAAAAAAAACUACAUUGCAUAUACAAAUAUUUUUUGGAGUAGGUCUUGCUGCGGCAGUUGUUCUAAUGAUUAUAGCUUGUUGUGCAUUUAUAUGCAUCCAAAGAAAGAAUCAUCCUAGGAAUUUCCAACCUUUAUCUCCUAGAAGUUCAGUGUCAUCAAAUCUCUCACCUGAUUUUCUUAUUGGAGUCUCCAAAUUAAAGCAUUCGUUGGUAAAUUUUAGCUUAGAAGAGCUCAGGAUUGCAACUGAGGAUUUCAAUGAGGCUUCUGUGAUUGGCAAAGCAGUAUACAGGGGAAGGAUAGAUGGUUCGAACGUGGUGAUAGAGCAUAUGAGUUCAGAAGAUUCUGCUCGCCAUGUCAUAAGCAUAUUGACAAAGAUCAACCAUCUAAAUGUGAUAAGGCUCGAGGGAUGCUGCUAUGGGAGCACACCAUAUUUAGUGUUCGAGUUUGCAGAGAAUGGUAGCUUGAGGGACUGCUUGUCAAAUGCUAAGAUGUCUAGGCAGCUCACUUGGGUUAAAAGAAUGCAGAUUGCUUUUGAUCUGGCAGUGGCUAUUCAUUACAUACACUACUGCACUAAACCUGCUUAUGUUCAUCGAAACAUAAAUAGCAGAAAUGUUCUAAUAACCAUGGAUUGGAGGGCAAAGAUUUCUGGAUUCAGAUUGGCAAAACCUUUAAUUAGGAACAAUGAGAAGGAAGAGACUAACUGGAAUGAAUCAGUGGUGGUGGGUACAAAAGGAUAUCUGGCACCUGAGUAUCUCAGUGAUGGGAUGGCUUCCCUCAAGGUGGAUGUAUUUGCAUAUGGAGUUGUUUUGCUUGAGUUAUUAUCAGCUAAAGAGGUUAAUGUGGAGGGAAUAUUGUUGAAGGAUUCUGUCAAUUUUUUGGUAGAUGCAAGGUUUGAAAACUCUUCUGGGUCCGUGGAUGAGUUGAAGAAAUUCUUGGAUCCAACUUUGGAGGGUGAUUAUCAAUUAGGAGAGGCUAUGUGUUUGACCCUCUUGGCCAAGGCUUGUAUUCAGAAGGACCCUUAUCACAGACCCACUAUGAAUGAUGUUCUGAAGGCUCUUUCAAGAAUUGUAUGA